GCUACAGAAAUGCUUGGAGGCCUUUGAGCCCGAGAUGAUGAAGCUGGAGUCGGUGAAGAGUUCCCCGCCGGUGUCCUACAAGCUGCUGAAGCUGGAAGCUUUGCUCCGGGAGGAGCCUCGGAAGAGUGGAAAAGGCAUUGUUUUCGUGGAGCAGGUGGCGCUCACGGUGCCCCUGGCCAUGGCGCUGUGCCGCGGCCUGGGGGCGAACAUCGCGGAGGCAAUGUAUGGCCAGAUGACCAAGCAGGAUACCGACCGCACCAUGCGGAAGCUGAGGGAAGGGCAGAUCAAGGUGGUGGUUUCCACAAACGCCUUGGAAGAAGGCAUUGACGUGUGCGACUGCAACUGGGUCGUUCGCUAUGACCGAUUUGCAACAACGAAAGCCCACAUCCAGGGGAGUGGCCGUGCGAGAAGCCAAGCCGCCGAGAUCAUCUACUUCGAGAAUGACCCCGAGGAGGAGGCAAGCAAGGCGGAAGUCAUGGCGGGCGUGGCGAAGGAUGACAGCCUUGCGCUCAGCGCCACGGAGCGACAACGUUUGCAACGCACGAAGCAGACCGUGCAGGGCGUCUACCCCUUUGAUGACGGGCAAGGGCAGCGCAUCGACUUCUUCAACUGCUCCCGCAUCGUGACGGAGUGGUGCCAGCAAGUGUUGAAGGAGGAGUUUCGGCAAGAGGGCUUGUUUCCCACCUACGGUGGAGACCCUGGCGCCCGGCCACAAGUGCGACUGCCGACUCCCGAAGGCUUCGAGGUGAUCACUCCAGAGGCUGUCGACACUCACUGGAAUGGAGUCAGUCUCCAGGAUGUCAUCGACAAGGAUCGGCUGGAGGCCUUGACCAAGGCCGAUCGGGCCAAGAGGCGGGCGCUCUUCGUGGCGGCGCGAUUCCUGCGGGAGAAGCAGUAUCUGGAUGACCGGAACAUGGCCAACACCAAGGCCUUGGAGCUUGCCAGAGCGCAAUGCUGCGAGGGGCCACCUGCCAAGAAGCUUCGCUUCACUGGAUCUUUCGAUCGGCGCGUUGAGCCCAAAGCAGGAAACUACAAGGGCGCCUUGCAGGAGUUUCUUCAUCAGCUGUCGCCGAAUUCGCGGCCCCAGGACUUGGCGACCUACAAGGGUGUGAUGGAGGACUCCGGCUGGAGAGUCACGCUCGAGGUGACAACCCCGCCCGAGCUCGCGACAAGCGACUUCUUCUCCACCAAGAAAGCAGCGGAGCAGGAUGCCGCCAGGAGAGUCUUGGAGAGGCUUCAGCGAAAGCAGUGA